AUGUCAUCAGCUGGUGUAACGCUAAGCCCGGUUCGUAGCGAGCCAUCGAUGAUUCGUGCGAACUCUUGCGCUGAUUCCUUCCCAGACGAGACCAUUUUGAUCUACUUAACACUCCCCGGAUCUGUGAUACCGAUGCGAGUGCUCGAGUCCGACUCCAUCGAAUCCGUCAAGCUCCGGAUUCAGUCUUACCGUGGCUUCGUGGUGCGGAACCAGAAACUCGUCUUCGGUGGACGAGAGCUAGCUAGGAGCAACUCCAACAUGCGUGACUACGGCGUGAGUGAAGGCAACAUUCUUCAUUUGGUGCUCAAGCUCUCAGACCUCCAGGUCCUUGACGUGAAGACCACUUGUGGGAAACACUGCAGGUUCCACGUGGAGAGAGGGAGGAACAUUGGCUAUGUGAAGAAACAGAUUUCGAAAAAGCAUGGUGGAGACUUUGCUGAUGAUGAAGAGAUACUUUACGAAGGUGAGAAGCUUGAGGACCAGAGUCUGAUUAAUGACAUUUGCAGAAACGAUGACUCUGUUUUGCAUCUGCUUGUGAGGAGAUCUGCUAAAGUUCGUGCUAAGCCUGUGGAGAAGAACUACGAGCUGUCUAUUGUAGCCCCACAAGCUGCUAAACCCACUCUGCCACCGAGGAAUGGUUCUAGUAACCUCUCUUUGGAGCCGCUUGUGAUUAACUCCAAGGCGAAGUUACCUGAAGUGGUUGAAGAUAUGAUUCAAGCUGCUGCUGAUGGGUUGAGAAGUGGGAAUGCUCCGGUGAGGUCAAGAGAAGGAACAGGAGGAGCUUACUUCAUGCAGGGCUCAUCAGGGAACAAGUUUGUUGGUGUGUUUAAGCCGAUUGACGAGGAGCCAAUGGCUGAGAACAACCCACGUGGCUUACCGCUUUCGCCGAACGGUGAAGGUUUGAAGAAAGGGACAAAGGUUGGAGAAGGUGCGUUGAGGGAGGUUGCUGCUUAUGUUCUUGAUCAUCCCAAGAGUGGGAGACGGUCUUUCUCUGGUGAAGAGAGAGGUUUCGCUGGUGUGCCUCCAACGGCUAUGAUUGAGUGUUUGCAUCCUGGGUUUAACCAUCCUAAAGGAGUCAAAACCAAGAUUGGGUCUAUUCAGAUGUUUACAGAGAAUGAUGGUAGCUGUGAAGAUAUGGGUCCGGCUUCGUUUCCUGUGGAGGAAGUUCAUAAGAUCUCUGUGUUGGAUAUCAGAUUGGCUAAUGCAGAUAGGCAUGGUGGAAACAUUUUGAUGAGCAAGGACGAAAACGGAAAGACUGUUUUGGUCCCAAUUGACCAUGGUUACUGCUUGCCUGAAAGCUUUGAGGAUUGCACGUUCGAGUGGCUUUACUGGCCACAAGCUCGGAAACCAUACUCUUCUGAGACUUUGGAGUACAUAAGAUCACUGGACGCAGAAGAAGAUAUUGCUCUCUUGAAGUUCCAUGGAUGGAAUGUGCCAAUGGAGACGGCUCGGACGCUAAGAAUCUCAACGAUGCUUCUGAAGAAAGGAGUGGAGAGAGGACUGACAUCGUUUGAGAUUGGAAACAUAAUGUGCAGAGAGACUCUGACCAAGAAGUCUCUAGUGGAGGAGAUGGUAGAGGAAGCUCAAGAAGCUGUGCUUCCAUGGACGAGCGAGAACGCGUUCCUUGAAGCAUUGGCUGAUGUGAUGGAUUACUAUCUUGAUGAGGUGGUUCGCUCUCAGGAACACUAG